CCUACAAUUUGCACUGCUUGCCAGCUCCACCUUGUGAGAAAAUGUCCCGCACUCUUCCAAGAGAUAAUGGAGUCCUUUGCAGAGCUGUAGCAGCCGGAGAUCAAGAGCUUGUGGCAUCUUUAUUGAGUUCUGGUUCUAAUGUAAACGAGGCUUCCAGUGAUGGAAAGUAUCCAUUAGUCAUUGCAGCUUUCCAGGGACAUGCAGAAAUAGCUAAGCAACUCUUAGAGGCUAAUGCUGAUGUGAAUGUUGCAAACAUGAGUACUGGCUGGACUCCAUGCCACGCUGCAGCUAUCAGAGGACAUGGUAAAGUACUGCUUUACCUAAUGGAGCAACAACCAGACCUCAGUCUUAAAGACACCAUGGGAAGAACUGCUGUGGACUUUGCAUCUGCACAGGAUUCUAUCUGGCCAUAUUUUGGAGUUUUAAAAUGUCAAAGGACAUCGAAAGAGAAUCUAAUACGCUUAGAUGUAAUCAGGAAAGAAGAGGAAGAAGAUUUGAAGGGAAGUGAAUCGGAACAAGUUAAUGAAAGACCCAGGAGUACAAAGCCUCUCAGCUACUACAGUAGGCCUGGUUCAUCUUACGUAUUAACUGAACAAUCAACUAAGAAUGAGCUGUCGUCUAAAAGCAAGAGUGUAACAGCUGCAGUAGCUUAUGGAGACAUUCUCUAUGAAGAAAGAUAAAUCAUGACAACAUAAACAACUGUAUUAACAACAACAAUAAUAAUAAUAAUAAUAAUAGUGAUAAAGACAUGUGUCGUAAUUUUGGGUGAAUUAAAUUAGAA